UCAACUACAUAAAUCAUUGUACUCAAUGGCUUCAAAGCAUAAGACAUCAUUGAAGGACUCGGUGUUAAAUGCCUCUGAAGAGAUACAUGACUUUUCCUGCUCUGUGUGUAAAGAUGACAAUCUCAACAUCGAGGCCAAGUAUUUCUGUGGGGACUGCUCAAAAUAUUACUGUGACAACUGCCUUCCUUUUCAUGCCAAAAUACACAAGCGCCAUGUUGUGUUAGGCCGUAAGGAUGUCGACAAGUGGGUGGGGCAAGAUGAUGCACUGGUUAUGUGCGACCUUCACCCUUCAAAGGUCUUGGAACUGUUGUGUGAGGAUCACGAUGAGCUCUGUUGUCCCCUCUGUGUGUCACUUAACCAUAGGAUGUGCAGAAGCAUCAGCCUGAUAUCUGACCUGGCCAGGGGCAUUCACAAGAUGGCCGACUUCAAGCAGCUUCAAGCCAAUGUUACCAAGGUAACAGACAGCCUCAACCAGGUGACAGAGGCCAGAAAGAAGAACCAAAACACUCUCAAGGUUUCAGGCAAGUCCAUGCUGACAAAGAUUAAGACUCUGAGGUCUUCACUGAACCAGCUGCUAGAUGAGCUUGAGAAAAGGAGUGGAACAAAUGGACAGUGUCCUGGCUGACCUGGAUGAGUCACUACAGAAGGAUAUAGACCACUGUGACCUCCUACAUGAACAGCUCAAGGCGUUACUGGACACUGUCCAAGCCCCAAACAAGGACAGUGAAUCUUGCUCUUACAUUGGUCACAGGAAAUGCCAGGAAAAGAUGGAAGAGGCAAACAAUCUUCUCCAGGAGAUAGCAUCAAAACCAGAGGUGACUGUUACUUUCGAGCCUGAAAGCCAAGCUAAACAACUGCUUUCAGACCUGAAGGCACUGGGAGACAUCAAGAGGUAUUCUAAAGCACAAUUUGAACAAUCGUCUCAACAGAUCAAACCCUCUGGUAUAUCCAACCCGUUCAAGGUGAUAGGAACGAAAAAAUUUGCAGCCACAGUAUCGACAGACAAGAAUGUCUGUGAUAUUCGUGGUAUUAUACAACUUCCAGGAGGAGAUAUUGUCCUUGUAGACUAUAACAAUUGCAGAGUUAAGGUUUUGGACAGCGAAUACAAAGUGACAGACGACUGUGAUCUCCCUAAGUAUCCACAGGAUAUCUGUCACAUCUCAGACCAUCAAGUAGCUGUAGCUGUUGGGUGUUGGGCCAAAAUAUAUGAGGUCCACUUUCUCACAGUGUCACGUUGCACUAUCAAGAUGACCAGAAAGUUCUCAGUUGACCUUGAGUGUAACUCCAUCAGCCACUAUGAGGGCAAACUGUAUGUGGGCUCCCUCAAUGCCCUGUACCUCUACACAACAGAUGGUAGCCUGGUCAAGAAAGUAUAUCAAGACACAUCUGCCAAAGUAACAGUGAACCACUUUGCCUUGAGCACGGAUGGCAGCAAAAUAUACAUACCAGUCUCCAGCCACCAAAAGAUCGUCACAAUUGACACCACAGGCAACAUUUUGGCCACUCUCCAGGACCCUGACCUGGACUGGCCUUACAGUGUACAUGUGAGUGAGGGUGGGCAUGUGUUUGUGUGUUCACUGACUUCCCAAACAGUGGUGCAGAUUGACCAUGAAGGCAGGAAGAAGCUGGCCACACUGGUCAGGAAGGGAGAUGGCAUCUACAAUCCACAGGCAGUCUGGUACAGCACCCACACAGGCAGGCUUAUUGUUGGGGGACAACAAAAUGACAUUCUAGUGGUGGAACUACAGUAGAAACUGUCAGUGGUUGAUAUAAGAUACACUGUAAUUAGAACAUGACAUGAAUAAGUCCUGAAAUAUAUCAAUUGUAAUUAUUAGUAUGUACAAAAAUAGGAUCAACUAUUUACAUUUCACUUCAUUUCAAAUGUUUGAUUAAUUACAAUAUGAAGGAUACUAAUUAAUCGCUUCAUACAAUGUGCAUGAGUCUCGUUCUAACAUCAAUGUCAGGAAGUUGUAUAAUGCAAGUAUCAGUGACGCAUGAUGAAAUUUUCGAAUGUGUUGCCAUGAAACGUGCGCCUAUGGUGAAUGGGUAAAAGUACCUAUGAAGGCUUUUGAUAAGACUGUAGCCAUUAAAUUAAUGACUUUUAAAGGGACUAGACACAAGAUAAAACCAAAUUGCAAAAAGAAAAGAAAAUCAUUGAAACCUUUAAUAGAAUUCACAAUUUGAGGCAGAUUUGUUGAUUUUUUUUUUAUUCAUAAAUUAUAAAAAGUACAAAAGGAAGAAAUAAUUUUCAUGAUAAUUGAAUGAUUUAAACUUUGUUUUACUCUGGGGUGGAGAACACAUGCUUCUGUUCAUGCCAAGUUGUCUUUAGUUCACCAAGCGUGUGUGUGAUAUUGUUUCUCAUAUGCCUCCAUCUAAUAUUUGAAAAUAUAAUUAUGUGACAGUUCUUCAUUAUAAACACAUAUAAAUAUUCACAUGCUAACCAGAAACCAAAUUUAAAACUUGAAUAUGGUGGGUACUCAGUGAUUUUUUUUCACUUUUUUUGUGAAACAGACCAUGCCUUUUCUUUUGUGAAAUUUUAGCGCAUUAAAGUUCAAAAUUGUGAAAUAUUAACAAAACAUUAAAAUCUUAAUUCUGAAAUACAAUAGUGUUAUAAUCAAACAUACAGCCUGAUUUAGUGUCUGUAUUAACAUUAGAAGGAUAAAAGACAACAAUGAAACAUUGAUAGUUGCAUAUUUAUUAAAUGCAAAGAGUUACAGAUAACAGCUUUGUAGAUUCUUGAUUUACAACUUCCUAUUCCUGUAUCUUUUGAAACUGUCAACAAGACGUUCUAAGGUUUCGUCAUCUAGAUCAUGUUGAAGUUACAGCAUGAUAUGAGGUACACAAAAGUGAACUGAUGAGGCCAAAAAAAAAUAUAUGUGUGUUUCAGGUUACAUGAUCAAAAAAAAUAGGGACGGUAGGCAGGCUUUUUUUUUUUUUUUUUUUUUUUUUAUACCGUCACAUAUUUGGUAUCUUUGACAACUACUAUAUGAUGCCAUUAAAGAUGCCAUUUUUUCGAUGUUUUGAAUAUUUUAUAACAUUAUAAUAAUUUAAUUGGUGCACUUUCAGGACCAUACAUGUACAAUAUUUAAAUGAAGACCCAUACAACCAAUUACAGCAAACCAAAGGAAACAAGAUGCUGCACAUGUUUAUGUUUGUCAGUUUCUGUUAGGACGUCUGUGGAAACACCAAAUUAGUACUAUUAUCCUGUCAUUUUUCUUGCUAAAAGAUUAAUAUUAAAAACAAACAACUUGUAUUUUUAUUUCUUUGUUUCUUUAUUACUAUCAAUAAACCAACACUGUGAAAUCAGAAAGGCUUAUUUUAUCCAUUAACCCUUGACUCCAUGUAUGCUACAUUUAAAAAAAAAUGCAUUGUAUUCUAAUUUUGAUCACUCUUGCAAAUAUUAUCGAAAACUGAGCAUUUGCUCCUGAGGAGCAAAUGCUCCAUUUCCCAUAUUAUUAAAUACAAAACAUUCAUAAUAAUUAAUUGGAAUUUUAUGGGAAAAAAUAAAAUGCCAAUUAUGAAUGUUUUGUAUUGUGUUUUUAAUGUUAAAUAUUAUUAUUAAAGGAUUAAAUGUAGAGUCAGUAAAAUAUACAUUUAGCUUUCAUGCAGCUUUGUCAAAGAUAUAUAGCCCUAACUCCAGUUACUUGAUAAGGCUGUGCACAGUAUUUCACACUUCACAAUUCCAACACAAGUAUAUGUUAUUAAUUCAAACAAAAAGGGUAUGUGUUGCUUUCAUACAUUUAAAAAACAAUGCAGCUUUCUGCAAAAUAAAUGGAAACUCAAAGAAAUAUACAUUGUCAAACUAGGGCCAUAACUUUCCUAAUAGAAAUUUGUCUACCUACUCUUUACUCCAGCCAACAUAUUAGAAGCCUUAUCAAAUGGGGUUUAAUCCUAUUUAUUUGAUUUCUGUUAAUCUUUUUGACACUUUUUGAACUCUUAGAAUGCUGCAUUUAUAGCAAUAUUACAAAUUGCGACAAAACCGAAAGCAAGUUUAUUUUUAGCGCGUAAACGUCAUUACGAAAUUUGCAUAUCACGUGACUUUCCGACAACAUAAAAUUCUAUGAUUUGCAUAUUUAAAACUAACACGAUAAUUAUGCAACAACAAGGCUGUUGAGCUAAAUAUUAAAAUUGUUUGCUAAUAAGAGACAUAACAGUUAAAGGAUGUCAUUGUUUAUCCGUGAAAGCAAUAAAAUUCUGCAAUAAUUAGCGAGGUGUUGACUGGGCCGUGACUGCUUGCCCUAAUUAUCGGAUUAAUUUUUGUUGUCGCACCAGCAGAUGCGCUUGAUUUAUGACAGUGACAGAAUCGAUUAUCAUGCAGGCCGCAUGGUCACCACUUACGUCAUUUUAAGAAAAUAUUUUAGAAAAAAAUCGUUGUCGCCAUAAAUUCGCCAAAUUUGAAAAGUUGUCGCCACUUUUGCGAUUUUGUCGCAAAUGGCGACAAUGGCGAUCGCCAGCGGGAACCCUGACAGUUAACUCCGCUUAUAACCAUAUUGACAUACCUCAAAAUUAUCAUCGUUAUAUCGGAAUUAUUAUCAUUAAAAGCGAAACAUUUAAUUUUAUAUUUGAGUCACUAGCAGAGAUAAAAUACACACUCUGAA